AUGUCUCUCCAGUGUCCGUCCUGUGGCAAAGAUGGAUUCAAAACCGACACCGCUGUUGCCCAUCAUAUGAGCCAGCCUUGUUCUGGAUGCAAUAGUUGGCUGGAUGAGUUAAUUCGGCUGAAAUCUCACCUACCACCUGAAGAUGAUCCUAUGGAGUCAGAUAAUGAUGUCAGGGGUGGAGGAUGGGAUGAGGCUAGCGGAACCCCAAUGAAGGAUAUUGAAGAACAAAUGCACGGUGAGGUUACCGACUACUUUCCAGGUGCUGCAGAGACAUAUGGCAUGGGCCAUAUGUUCUUGGGCCUGUUCAACACCAAUGAAAAUAGUGUCUAUCACAAAACAAACCUCUACUAUCCAUUUAGCUGUAAGCAAGACUGGGAAAUUGCAUCAUGGUUACUGCAUUCCGGUUUGAGUAUGGGGAAGAUAGAUACCUUCUUAUCGCUCAAGAUGAAAUGUUACCCAGCGGCCCACGUUGCAUUGCAUUCAACAAAAUCACCCAUUAUUUUAUACUGGCACGAUCCACUGGAGUGUAUAUCUACUAUUCUCAACCAUCCUCUCUUUCAUGAUCAAUUGGACUUCACGCCUUGCAAGGUUUAUUCCAUAGUGCAAAGGCUCUGUCGUGUGUAUACCGAGUGGAUGACAGGCGAUGAUGCAUGGAACAUGCAAUCAGCGCUUCCCCAAGGUGCUACAUUGCUUGGGACAAUAUUGUCUUCAGACAAGACAAAUAUCUCAGUUUUGACAGGCAAUCACGUUGCGCACCCACUCCUUGUCAGCCUUGCAAAUAUACACAUGAACAUGCGACUCAAAUCAUCAUCCAACUCUUUCAUACUCACCGCCCUGCUGCCAGUUCCGAAGUUUCUCCACAAGAAUAAGUGCAUGUGUGGUGUAUUGGCGGAUCACCUCAUUCAUCAGUGUCUAGAUAUUGUCCUCAAACCGCUCAAGGAGGCCACUCUGCGUGGUGUAAUGCUCUUGGAUCCCCAAUUUGGAGACUCCUUUUGCCAUGAACCUCGCACGGCGUCAACCACCCUUGCACAACUAUCCGUCAUUCGCACACAAGCCAAUCCAUCUGAUCUACAAGCCUUCUUUCAGGAAGCGCAAAAAUUCCCCUUGAACAGUGACUUUGAGCCAUUUUGGCAGGACUGGGUGAUUAUAGAUCUGUCCCGCUUCUUCACACCCGAGACACUUCACGUCCUUCAUAAGGAAUUUUGGGAUCAUGACGCAAAAUGGUUAAUAUUUGGUGUUGGGGAGUUGGAGAUGGAUUUCCAUUUUUCCGUUUUGCAGCCUGUCACCAGUUUUCAGUGUUUUGCAGAAGGGAUCACAAAACUCAAACAGGUUACGGGUUGCUGUCAACGAGACAUCCAAUGUUCUAUCAUUGCAGUUAGUGCAGAUGCAGCACCCCAUGGAGUUCUCAUCGCCGUACGCGCACUCAUGGAUUUCCGCUAUCUUGUACAGUCACCAUCCAUCGACGAUAACAACUUAGUGCACAUCUCAGCAGCGUUGAACGAGUUCCAUGCAAACAAAGAUUCAAUCAUUGAUGCUGGGGUUCAUCGUGGCAAGGGCAACAAAGUGAUCAAUAAUUGGUACAUACUGAAACUGGAGCUUAUGCAGAGUGUUGUACCCAGCAUUAGGAACUCUGGAGUCACGGCUCAGUGGUCUGCAGAUGUUACCGAGCACGCGCAUAUCACUGAGAUUAAGGACCCAGCGAGAUCAAGUAACAACAACAAUUAUGAUCCGCAGAUAUGUCGCCAUCUCGAUCGACUCGAUAAAUGUCUUCGGUUCGAGCUCGCUACCACCCUUCUAGAUGAGAAGCAGAAUGUCAAGGCAUUAGCCAAUGCAGCAGGGAGUCAUAUGGAUGACGAGGACGCUGACAACGCUGAUUUGGAUGACAAUAUACCUGUUGAGUUCUUAUCUACAAUUCAGCAUGGUCGCUCAUGUCCAAUUACGAAUCAUUUUGCAAUCGCCUGGGUCCUGCAGCACAAACCUGUGGGCUCUGUACCUCUACCAUUGUGUUCGUUUGUUGUUGGGCGCACCACCUUUCAUUUAGCUUAUAAACCUUCCAUCCAAAGCAUCACUAUUGAUGAUGUCGCCCUCAAAUUUGGCUUGCCAGAUUUGCGACCAGUGCUAUCUGAUUUUCUGCAUUAUGAGGCCAGGUCUAUUUUCCUCACCCACAGCGACCACACCCAUGCAAUAGGCGGCCCAAGGAGAGCCGGACCCAAUUCUGCGCUUCCUUUUGAGAAAGUUCAAGUAUGGUUCAAACUUCGCUUGCAAGAUACGGAAUUUCACAAUGUUCACAAUAUUCGGCCAGCCCAGACUCUCAAUUGUGCGCCGCCAAGUGAACCUGGGACACACGGUCAUUAUGAUUCAAUCAUUGUCAAUAUCAAAGCGGAAUACUCGUGGCCUACUAGCGGUCUUCAAGGACACACUGUUGUCCAAAUCAGACUUAUUUUUCGCCCCCUCGGCAAGACUGGCACACAAUGGGCAUGGCGAGAUCGGUUUCUUACCUAUGUUCAUCGCUUCAACAUCAUUGGUAUCCACAAACCAACUAUGCAGAUGCAUGUCCUUAAAAGGGCAAGACGGUCUAACGGGACUUGCAUAGGGGAUGUUUUUGGUGCCGCCGCAGACAAUCGCCUUACCACUUAUAAUAGUGUUGAGCAUGCGUCGGAGUUAUGGCUAAAUCGUUUUUGGGACAAAAGCACUUACUUCCCUCUUUCAAUGUAG